AUCUCCCCAUUCCCCUCCCCUGCUCUCCUUUUAUCUCUUUUUCUUUGUUCUUCCAUUCUUUUCCUCUGCAACCCAUUUCUCAUCUUUCAGUUAUACUUUUCUUCUCUACCACUCAAAAAUGUCAGAAGCAAUGUCUCUUCUGCCACUGUUUCUCUUUCUCUUACUUCUCAGUGGUGACAAUGGGAUUCAGUGCUUUCAAGAGAAGAAAGCUUUCAAUUUGCAGAAGUUUCAAUGGAGAGAACAGGGUCAUCUCUCUACAUGUCAGCCACAGAUAUCAAGAUUUUUAGGAACAGAGAAGGCUGCAUCUGUAUUGGAAAUGAAGCACAAAGAUUACUGCUCUGGACUGAUCAAGGACUGGGACAAAGAGCUUCAGAAGCACUUAAUUGCCGACGAUAUUAGGGUGCGGUCAUUGCAAUUGCAAAUCAAAAAAGCGCUUUCUGGCGAGAUUGAAGACCUGUCUGAAACCCAAAUUCCUGUUACUUCAGGCAUAAAAAUUCAGACGCUUAACUACAUUGUUACAGUCGAAUUGGGUGGUAAGAAUAUGACUGUGAUAGUGGACACAGGAAGUGAUCUGACAUGGGUCCAGUGUGAACCCUGUAAUUCAUGUUACAACCAACAAGAUCCACUCUUCAAGCCAAUGGCCUCCCCAUCAUACCAACCAGUUCUCUGCAAUUCUUCCACUUGCCAGUCCCUAGAAUUUGCAACUGGAAAUUCAGGAGUUUGUGGGACUAGUCAACCAACCUGCAACUACUAUGUGAGUUAUGGAGACGGAUCCUAUACUCGUGGUGAAUUAGGUCGCGAACACCUUAAUCUUGGUACCACUGCCGUUCAAAAUUUUCUCUUUGGUUGUGGCAGGAACAACAAAGGUCUCUUUGGGGGAGCUGCCGGUCUAAUGGGCCUAGGCCGCAGCGAGCUUUCAUUAGUUUCUCAAACAUAUAGCCAAUUUGGAGGAGUUUUCUCCUACUGUUUACCUUCACUAGAAGAUGAUGCAUCUGGAUCACUUAUUCUAGGUGAGGAUUCUUCUGUUUACAAGAAUUCCACUCCCAUCUCUUACACUAAAAUGGUUCCAAAUCCACAGCUUUCUACCUUUUAUCUACUCAACCUUACGGAUAUUAGCAUUGGUGGGGUAGCUUUACAAGCUCCAGGGUUUGCUAAAGCCGGAAUUCUGAUAGACUCUGGAACUGUAAUCACUAGACUUCCUCCAUCAGUUUACAGGGCUCUGAAAGCUGAGUUCCUGAAACAAUUUUCUGGAUUCCCUUCAGCUCCUGGUUUUUCCAUUCUGGAUACAUGCUUUAACCUCACAGGGUACCAAGAAGUGAACAUUCCUACAGUGAAGAUGCAUUAUGAGGGUGAUAUUAAGAUAAAUGUGGAUGUCCAUGGCAUCUUUUAUUUUGUUAAAACAGAUACUUCUCAGGUCUGUUUGGCUCUGGCUAGUCUAUCUUAUGAAGACGAGAUUGGGAUCAUUGGGAAUUAUCAGCAGACGAACCUGAGGGUUGUUUAUGAUACUAAGGAAUCAAGGAUAGGAUUUGCAGAAGAGACUUGCAGUUUUAUUUAAGAUUGAACUUUAAGGAAUGAAGAUAUAUAAUUGUGAAAUUUAAUAGGUGAAAAUUGGCAUCAAUGUUUAAAUCUAUAUAAGUUUUUAUGGGGCUGGCAGCCAGAAAAAUAUUCUGAGCUGCAGCUUUUUUUUUUCAAGAUUAAUUUUUAAUUAGGUAAGAUAAUGUAUGAAGGGAAGGAGGUAUAGCUCUAUGUAUGCACUUGUUGACUUUUGUAAUGAUUUGAUACCAUGAUACUUCUUUUAUGAAAAGAGGAAGAGUUUGGA